CAGACACAUCUUUGCUACAAUUUUUUAUGUAUCCACAAUCCACAUACAUAAUUCUCAUCGUAGAUUUUCUUUUAAAAACGCCACUAUAUAAAACGGGCACGAGUCUCUAACUCGGGCACUCGAGUGUAAUUUUGUGACAUGGCGUGACAACACCCACGCUUUUGUGUUUGACCACAAUUUGGCACUGGAUUCAUUGAAUUAUCUGUAUGGAUGGAACCGACAUUUAAUAAAAAUUGCAGAAAUGUUUUGCACAAUAGCAAAGCACGCUGUCAUGUUCUGAUGUCGUCAUUAAAAAAAACAGAACUCUCUUCCGCUAAAUAUGCGCACCGUAUGGAAUCGUGGAAACCUGCUGAGAGUCGCGGAAACCGCGAUUUAUUCCACUAAUUAAUUUAGCGCAUUCGCGCGCAUGCAAUGCUGAAUGUGCAUAUCCUUGCGCGUCUUAUGCUAAAUAACAUGUCGAUUGUCAUUUUCCAACUGUGUUAACUACGGGUCUGCUUUCGUGUUUUUCCUUGUUUGUAUAAAAAACUAAGGAGGGACAACUUAAAUGCGUCUAGUCGAGGCGGGAACGGUCAGACUUGUCAAGUUUAAGCUGGUUAGUAUAUAGACAGUAGUGUUGACAAUUUCUUCUUUGUCAUAAUGAUAUAAUUUUGGCAGUUGCCAGUUGUAUUAAUUCAUUUUAUUAUUGGAUAUGUCUUGCGGCACUUCCGUGUUUAAAACUUACAAUAGAUUUUAAUUGCUUUCUCAGGGAAUUUAAACGAAGGUCGGGAAGCCAGUGCGUGUAUUCGGACAGAGGAUGAACUUCAACACAGUUCAACAAUCUUGGUUUGCUUACCAAACUCACUUAAAUCAAGAUAUGGCUAGCAAAGGUCCUAUGGUCACUCACGACUCGACCGCAAAUCAAUAUAUAGAUCUUGAAGCCGUAGGAAGACAGCCGAUAUUGAGUCAAUGUUUAGAAAGCUAUCAAGCCGAAAACGGAGGGGUCUAUCCGAACUAUGAGAAAAGCUUGAUGGAGAAGUCGAACCAGGAAGCUAUGAUAUGUUUAACAGAUUUUAGAAACGGUGAGUUGAUUGCAUAUUUUUUUCACUGUGAAUACUAUUGUACAUUACAGUUUUAAUAAUGAGUAGGCAAUUGCCACAAAAGGUAAAACGUAUUUUCUUCUGUUUCCAAAGUUGGUCUUUUGUUAAUUAAACUAGUCAUAGAAGAGUUUAAUAUCGCCAGUAGCUAUGAUAGAAUUGAAGACGGCAUACCAGACUCUGGUUACUCGCGGACAAACCAGUGAAUUGUUUAAGACUCACAAUUUGCGGUAAAAUAAAAUUACAAAAACCAUACUCUAAGUCUAAGAAGUUGACUCAGUUUAUUCACUUUAGGCUGAUUAGUUACACUGUCGAACGGUUUGAGCUAACCGCCUCACGUGGCAGCUAGCUCAGCAAGUUUCGUGUGCGGAUAGUUUUCUCGUGUGCGGAUAGUUUUCGUGAGGAUUUGACCUCUUGAGGAAAAUAUCAUUCUAUCGUGUUUGAUAUUUUUCACCUCGCGAGGAAAAAAUCUCAACGUCUGCGGAUGUUGUGAGCUUAGAGCCUUAGUGCUGAGCUGCUGGAAUCAAUUAGCCAAUGAGAGACUAUACAGUUUCUUCAUGUGACUUUGAACAAAAUGGAAAUGCAAACGCUUUUGUCAAUUAUGUUGUUGUUGAGUAGUUUUCCCAACGUGUGCGGUGAAAAUAUUACUGAAAUACAUGCAUAGCUGAGCGAGGCGGUUAGCUCAGCCGAAGUUGCUCUCGUGUGCGGCAGGCUUAAAUUCUAAGUUUUGAAGGAUUUGUGAGAAACGUUUCAGGGAACUGACUCAGUGGAUCAGUUCCCCCCAAAAUUUCUUACACAUUCCUACUGUGACCACAGAAACGUUGACAGUGUAAAACCAGCCUUAAGACAAUGUGACUAUGCCCAUAUGUAACAGAAUUGUUUUGAAUUCUUCACCAAGCGUAAAAUUCGUUAGGUUAUGUUCGUUAGUUUUAUUUUCAGUUGGGAAGAUAGUUAUCUUGUUCUAUUGUAUACUGUUGUUUUUCCGUGAUUGAUGCACUAUGUCUAUAAAUUAUAAUCUAUAUGUUUGAAUCCUGAAUUGAAGAUUAAACCCCGGUAUUGUCUAAUCGCAUUCAGUAUGUCUGCAUGGGUCUUAAUAAAAAACAAUAUAAGGCGUACACUUACACGAGAGGGAGUUAUUAUUUAUAGUGAUUUGAAAAACCGAAAAACACUGGCGAAACAGUCUUUGAAGGAGAAAAGGAAUCAUGACUAUUGAUGAGUUUGAGAAGUUUUUAGUAUAUUAUAUUCGUAUAUAUUUCCUAUUCAGAACAUCGCGUGAUAUUUGUCAGACAUGUUUUUUCCUCUAAAAAUAUAUUUUCAUACGUGUAGUAAGUUCCGCGUUCCUUGACUUAGAAUGACCUUCGUUUACAGUUGAGGUGCUUUACGAUAAAACACCAGGGGCACUGGGGCAGGGUGUUUUUAAGAAAAACCUUGUUUUUAGAAUCCGUGUUUAAUAUAGAAACAAGAAUAAUAUGUGCUGGUACGUCGUCGACGUUGUCAUAGUCAUAGAUUUCUCUGUUAUAAGGUUAUGUCAAACUCAUCUCACAUAAGAAAGAAAAUUUGAAGGGAAAUGAAAAUUCUGCCAAGAAAAUUCCACUUUGCCGUUUGCUGUUACCCUCAUUGGCCUCAAACAUUAAACUCUUAAACUCCCUAAUCGGCUGAGCGCUCUCCAAACCUAUAUAGGGUAAAUCAGUGUUUACGGUAAAGCAGAAAUUGUGGAAGGCGAGACAAUUUUUCAUUUGGAAUGGAAUUGAAACUUUAUAUCAAGAGGGUUACACAAAAUAGCUACAAGCUAAUAAACUAAUGGCCCUCGUGCAGAAUAUCUCAUGCGAAUUAUUUACACAGAAUAAGAUGUAGGUCGAAACUACUAUAUAUAUAUAUAUAUAUACAAUUACAUUGUAACUUACUAAAAUGUUCUGAAGAAUAUUGUUCAUUUAUAGGAAUUUCUUUAUUUUCCUGCAUAUUCCAGAGUUUACUACAAAUAACACUAAAAGUUUUUUCUCCCUCGUUUUCCCUAUUAUACUUGUAUACUUCUUAUACUUUCCCAUUUAUGUAUUUCAUAUGAUUGUAUAACCAUUUUUUGACACUGUUAUUCAAUAACUAUAAAGUGGUACAAUUCACAUGCAAGCAUGUGACCUACAUACAUCACUAGAAUUGAUUUAUCGUCUCAUUAAAUAUUCAUGAUUUAUACACGCACAUUAUGGUGAUGUAAAUAAACUCGCCGCGGUAAAGUCCAUCACUGAGGGCUGUUUACAUGAUCCUGCUUUGCCGGGAUGAGGUCGCGUCGGAGAGACGGGAUAAUUUUAACAUAAGUCACGGUUCAUGACUCACGCAAAAAACACAUUAUCUCCCUAGCAAUAAUUGUAAACAAAAGGUUGUCAAGCAGCAAUAAUAAUCCUCUUGAACUACGAGAACCUUUGCCGGCGUUUGAACUUAUUUCAAUGCAUCGAAAUCAUCCCGCGUCUCGGCAAACUGGGAUCAUGAAAACAGUCCUGAAUGUCGUUUCAAGCUGAGGAACUUGGUAAGAUAUCAAAGACCCCCUGCGGUAUGACGUCAUGCCACGCGUUGCCAAACAACCGCACCUUACACCGUUUCCCCUGAAUGCUGAGGGCGGCAAACUUCUGUGGCGGGAAAUAGGAAGGUCAUGAUGACUCAGUCAUAAACUGCAUGCUCACUCCAUGAUAUUUUAGCAAACUAAAGCCCCGUUUACACUACGCUCAAUUUUUGGUACGACAUGGAUAAAAUUGUUACCCGUACCACUUUUUUGGUUCUUUGACUACCUAUUUAGGUAGUCCAAGAACCAAAAAGUGGUACGGUACCAAAAAUUGAGCGUAGUGUAAACGGGGCUUAGCUAAAUAGUUAGUCCAAGAACCAAAAAAGUGGUACGGGUACCAAUUUUAUCCGUGCCGUACCAAAAAUUGAGUGUAGUCUAAACGGGGCUUAAUACUUUUAGUAUUGGUACCCAUGCAAAAAUCUUACAUCUUGUAACAAGUUUGCCAACAAACCGUCAACAAGUUGUCUUCGCACUGCUUGUCACAAGUUGUCAACAAGUUUGGAACAAGCUGUUAAAAAUUUGUAACAACCUUGUCCUUGUUGAUAUUAUCAGGCUUGUUACAAGGUUGUUCCAACAAGUCCAAUACAGUCAUGAUAUAGGCAUAUAGCAGUAUUCUUAUAACCUUGUGUCGUCAACCUUGCAACAUUCUUGUUUAUCAUGACUGUAUCAGACUUGUUAGAACAACCUUGUGACAAGUCUGAUAAUGCCAUCAAGCUUGUUACAAGUUGUUAACAGCUUGUUUCAAACUUGUUACAACAACUGGGAACAAGCAGUGCGAACACAACUUGUCGAAAGCUUGUGAACAGAUUUGUAACAACUUGUUUGCAGACCUGUAACAACUUUUGCGUUUUUACGUGUGUAUCCCAUGGCCACGUUAACAAGCGCACAAAUAUGCGUGCUGUUCCGAUCUCGUUUGAAAGUCGGUCAUUAUCAUAAUUUCUUCUCUAGAUUCGAAUCAGAUGAAACAGGAUUCACCACGAAAACGUUUACGAACGACGUUUUCUCCUUCGCAGUUGAAGCGUUUGGAAAGCGAAUUUUGUUGUAACAUGUACGUGGUUGGAUUGAAGCGCUUACGACUCGCUCAAGAAUUGAGACUGGAAGAACGACAUAUUAAAAUUUGGUUCCAGAAUAGAAGAAUGAAAUUCAAACGUGAUCAGAGAUUGCAAGAACGAAAUGCGGGCAUGGCGUUUCAAAAUUACUGUUUUUAUUGAAAGAUUUUGAAAACUUUGUUUGAAAUUUCAAACUGGGUCAUCAGUUCAGUUACUGGAACAAAGAUUUUGAAAAUCUUUGCCAAUCGUAGAGGAACUAAAUAAGACGUCCCUGAACUUUAGUGAGAAGUAAAUAAGAUCAAGGAAGUCAACUUGACAAAUUUCAACAGCAAUGCAAGUAUAGCUGUGACCAGUGGAAGAGAAAUAAUGUCAUCAUGCAGUGCAUGCUCCAAAAUUUCUCACGUUACUAAGUCUAAGGGACCGGUCAUUUAUGGCGAGGGGGGGGGGGACCGAAGAGAAAUGUUUUUUUUUGUAAAAAAAAUUUGCUGACCCAACCAUUAAAAGUCAAAUAUAUUUCAUACCCAACCUCAAUUAGUAUCAAUAAAAAAUAAAUAAUCGUCACACAUCUCCUUUACCACUUCUGUGACAUGAGUUUGAUAACUGCUUGUGCAAGUUUCAUGUUGUCUGCACAUGUAGUUUCUUUCAAGACACCAUUUGCCUCCUGACAAAUCGAAAAAGGAUCAAGAUAGUGACUCUGAUUGAUUCACAUAUUGUUUUGACAUACGACUGUUGACACUGCUUUUUAAUUAGUCUGCAAUAUUCGAGUGAGCCAUGCUUUGGAAAUGACAAUAAUUUUUUACCCAACCCUUGAGUUGUUUUGUUUUUCAUUGUUGCCCACCUUUUACUCACUCAUGAUUUUGUUUACCCAACCCUUUUCUCUUCGGUGCCACCCCCUGCCAUAAAUAAUGAGCGGUCCCUAAAGAGAAUGUAUAGAGAGAAAGGGAUGCGGUCCCUAAAGAGAAUUUAUAUGAGAAGAUGUACUCGCAUGCAUGUGGAACCACAAUCAAGAUAUGGUCUGUAAACACGGCCAAAGUCUUCAAUUUUCUAUGAUUUUGUUUUUGUUUGUGCAACGGUGUAACGCACGAAGCAAUGGUGACAGUACUGUUGAAAUAUUUAAUAAGCGAAAUUUUUAAGAUUUGUGUGGUAAAGUCGUUAGUUCAUUGACAUUGUGGAGACUUUGAAGUUUUCCGAGUUUCUAGACCAUAACUGUGGUGGAUCCGAACGUCUGCUCUAAAUUGCAAUUGGUUCAUAUCAUCAUUCAUGUAGAUCAUGCGUUUGUGGCUGGUUCACAUUUCAUGAUAUAAUAGUCAUAAUAUAUAAUAAAAAAACGGUUUCAAUUAAACAUGAAUUAUAUUUUAAGAGGAGAAUAUUUUGUAUGUUACGUAACAUGCGCUUGAAACUAAUGAAUAUACCGAUGUCUAUAUUCGAUUUUUUUAAAACUUCGAUACGUUUCUCAAGAGGCAAACAAACUUAACAAGUAUGUUUAGUGCUUUAUCUGUAAAAUUAUGCUAAACUGUAGAGAUUUUAGAUGGUACGCCAACAGGACGACCGCCCACAGGGUGGGGCAAAGGGGGCAAUUUGCCCUGGGCCCCAUGCUUAAGAAGGCCCCCAAAAGGGAAUUUUAGGGAGUGGAAGGGGCCUCCAAAAACUCCCAAGAGGGCAUUUUGCCCCAACAAAGCUCUGGGCGGCCCUGUACGCCAAAGAGAAAGUGAUGUCUGAAGUUCAGUAAGUUUUAAUGGCGUCUAUUUUACAGCAUCAAUGAUAACUGUAUUUAAAUCGACAAUAUUUAACUAUUAUUUUGUGUUUCUUAACCACCAGAACAUUUUAAAAGGUUGCUUAAGGCUGAUUUCCACUGUUGCGUUUUUCAUACGUACGUAUACGCACGUAAAACUUUAAAUCCGUUUAAAUGUUACUUAUCAAAUAACCAAACAAAUAAAGCAAUAGAAUUUAGUGUUCCGCAAGUUUUAGUUUGUAUUUGUUAACUUAUUUGUAAAAUAUUUAAAAAAUAGAAGGAUUCAAAGUUUUACGUGCGUGUACGUGCGUACGAAAAACGCAACAGUGGAAAUCAGCCUUAACUGUGUAAACUACAAAAUAAAGCUUAAACAAAGUAAUUUUGAGAGGAAGGCCAAAAAGAUUUUAGGUUUUGAACACUUUUCAUCGCAAAUACGUGACAUUGAAAAAAAUUGCCUAGCCCUCUUAAAUCCUAAAUAGAUUUUGAUAAAUAAUAUAAAUUACUAUAAUCGAUUAACCUUGAGUUUUGAACUUCUUAAUGGUUAUUAAAAUUGCCUCCGAAAAAUCUGGUUUGAAUAAGACUGAGUCUGGUUGUAUAUUGGCGGUAGUUCAACACUAAGCGCAGUAUGAUGGUGUCACACUUGACAUGGUGGUCCGACUUCCAACGUGUUGACAGUUAUGGGAACGAGCAAAUAUAAUUCUAAAUGUUUCCGUCAAAUUUAUUUACCAACAAACACAGGAGGUGAAUACAUAUAUAGUGAUCACUUUAUCAAGUGAUCGAGGGGCCUAUACUGCUUAUACUGGCUAUAGCUUUUUCGUAGCUGCUCUUGGCCAGUCUGAAAAUUCUAUACAAUCUUCCAUUCGAAAUUUCUGUCUACAAAAGCCAUAGAAAUAAUAGAUAUCUAUUAUUUCUAUGACAAAAACCCUUCAUCUGUUCGUUCGAUCAUUAACUGAUAUUUGAACCAAAUCCAGAUUAAAAAAUUAAUUAACAUAUAUAUUCAGAAGUCUCGCAUCAAUUUCACGUUACAUACGAAAUAUAUAUACGCGAAUUAAACAGUCAUUCUUUAUUGCACCAAAUAUAAAUAUUUAGAUUAUCUACAUUCUAUUGGUGGAUUUCAGCAAACGUAAUAAGGCAAGAGAUGAUGGUUAACCUGCUGAACGUUUGACGCUUCUAGGAACACGAUAAUGAGAGUACAGUACAUCUCUCAAUUCUAUUUUGCAACCAAAUAAAAACUACUAUACAUAAUGAAAAUAAUUACCAUUAUUUCUCAUAUGUUAACUGCCGACUGAUCAAUCUCGUUCCCCCGAGCCUGCGAUCCCUGGGAAGGAACGCGAGGCUCUGGGAUAAUCUGUUGCCGGAAGCCAGGAAUCCUGGCUAAGAUUGAACUACGUAUUCCAUUUCAACGGCCAAUCAGAUUCCUCCCUGAAACGGAUUAUCCCAGAGCCUCACGUUCCUUCCCGAGGAUCGCAGGCUCGGGGACGAGAUUGCCAACUGAUCAAUGGUCUCGUACCCAGGCCUCUUUGUAGAAAGAAGUUGCGCCCCAAUCACCCUUGCGUGCUCGCUCAGCUUGGCCACUGUCUAUAUAUAACAGUUAAGCACGAUUCUUUUUAUUAGUAACUAAGCGCGAUGCCUGGGUACGGGGCUGGCUGACCACCAUAAUAUUACAUGAAACCCACCGACUAUUCACAUUAUGACUCUAUUUAUAUUAUGAGAAAUAUAAUAAUUUUCGUUUGUUCACGUCAGAAGGACUUCUUGUGAUCGAUAUUGUAGGGUGAGUAAAUGUUCACUCUAAAACAAUUGGAAGAUUUA